AUUUUGAAAUUUUAAAAAGAUGAAAGAAAAGAAUCAGUUAUUCUUGCUCGUGAUAGGCAUGUUGCUGUACAUCCUCGAUCUGACCUCAGACGUUUGGCUAGCUAUCCGUUAUCACAAGAACGACGAAUCGGGAUGGUUUUUCGCGACUUUAAGCGUGCUCAUCAUCGCAUGCAUCGUGACUAAUAUGGCUGUAUGUUUACACGUGUUUAAAGACACGAUCGAAGGGCCUUAUAAAUGUUUGUGGAUGUUUUGCACGUGUCCCAUUCUGUUUCGCUUCGUCGAAGAAUUCGCAUAUUGGAAGCAGGCGAAUGUCGAUCGCUCUCCGUGCGGUCAGAAAUGCCAAAUUCCACGCUGCAAGGAAUGCGAAAAGCAUUUGGAAAAAAGGCAAAGAUCGCUGAAGUCGACCUAUUCGCUAACGUGGCUCCAUCUUAUGCAAACGCUGACCGGAAGUGCGCCACAGUUUUGCCUUCAAAUGUACAUAAUGUUAAACCAAUGGCAUUUUCCAUCUCUUACCGUUAUCUCGACUCUGAUCUCGUUUAUUUCAUUAGCCUGGAGCAUUAUCUCCCUUGAACUAGCGAGAGAGAGCAAAAAUAAAAAUGAACUUUUCAACUUUGGUUCUAAAUUAAUAUUUCUCUCUUGGCAGAUAUUUGGCUUAAUCUCAAGGUUAACUGCAAUCGUGAUAGUUGCCUACAUACUUCGAUAUUACGUGUUUUUCGUAUUGGGUUUUCAUUGGUUCCUGGUUACCAUGGCAAUCGCUAUUCAUCGUAGAGAAGAAUUUAGCGGGGAGGGAACGUAUGCGUGCAUUUUCAUGCUAAUUACUUUGCUGUUUUGUGUCUUCCCCCUUCUGAUAUUUGCGACCGAACCCCUCCUGUCUUUUUAUAAUAAUCGGAGGUGGUAUACUUUUGUUGCUUUCGUGGUUUUUGCCAUUGAGAAUACGAUAAUGGUGGCCCUAUCGUUUGUUGUUUCAAAACUUGACGUUUUUACAUUGAGUUGGAGUCAUGAAAAUCUGUUCUGGUUCGUGGUUGCCGCGUGUGUGCUUGGUGGACUGGCUCUAGAGACUGUGUUCUUUUUAGGGUACUACAGAUUUUGUUGUAGCCGAAAAGAGAUUGAUGCUGCCAGCAAUGAACCUGUGGCCGUAGAAGAUAUCGCACUGGAAAACGACGGUUUUAAUAACUGCUGACCAAGGCACUUCAUCAUCCUGCGAGAAGCAUUUCUUCUUGUCAUCGUAACUGAAAAAUGUGACGAAUAUACCCGC